AUGCUCUCAUUCGACCGUGGCCCAACACUUCCACGGCCCGGCUGGCCCUGGAUUCGGCUGCAAACGCUUGCAACGUGCAACGUGCCCGCGUCUGUGUCGGCCGCGGUGUUCUGGUUCCAAUUCCGACAUGCAAAUUCCAAUAUCAUGACUAACCAGCUUACUUAUCACCGUCAUAAUUACAUUCCCUGCUGCGGGCACAUAAAGCCUGCCGCCUCCAACCGCGAUCACCAAUAUAUCAACCCUCUACAUUCCUAA